AUAAAAUAUGAAGGUAUGGAGCGUAAACACUAUAUAGCAUUCGAUUCUCUCUUUUUAUGUAUCUUUCACUAAAGAAUGGAGGAAACAAUAAUUCUUAAAAAUCUCCAAGUUGAAAUAUUUAUAUAUACAUACAUUCUGUACAUCCAAGCCAAAAAGGUAAAUAUUAUUCCUUUUGAUGUUUCUGUAUGUACUUGUUCCUAGCUAAUGCUAUAUCAACUCGAAGACAAUACAUAUCAACUCGACCUAUUAUAAGUUUAGGAUCUCCCAUAUAAUGAAUAAACUGAAGUAUUCGAAGUUUCGAUCCAGUUUGCGAAUUAAGAGAAUCACUAAUGUUUUGAUCUAUUUAGCCGUGGCAUGAACUUUGCAAUUAUGGAUGAGAAAAGAAUGAAAGCACUUGAAAAGAAGAGUACACGUUAUUAUACCAUGAGAGAUAGGAGAAUAAAACUAAAUAUCAAUACUUUCGGAAAGUUUUUUAUCCAUAUUGUCCGACACAUGCAAUGUUUUUGAAACAUUGAUAAUGUAUGUCGAAGAUAAUCUAUGGGUAGUUUUUGUCAGUUUCCGUGUUCCAUUUCCACAUCUCGACUCGAGUACUGCAGAUUCAUUUACCUCAAAAGUUAUAGCAUCGUGAGAUUCAUGGACAUGUACAUACUCGCUUAUAAGAAUACUCGAGUACUCAUAUAUAUACUCAAAAUAUAUCUAUUUUAUUGAGUAAUAAUUUCAUUCAAAGAAUCAAAAACUUGAUAUGUAGUAUCGAAUAUGUUUUGUUCUUAAAAUGUAUGUUAUAUAUAUAUAUAUAUAGAUAUAUACUGGAUACCCUAAGUGAGACGCAUAUUAUAUAGAGAUUUGUACAAAUGUGUAAGGCUCAUGUGGCCAAAUUUCAUAUAUCUUACCUAUAAAUAACAAUUAUUGUUUUUAUAAGAAAAUAAGAUUCUCUUCUCCACUUAUGAUGGCUUAUAUAAGAUGACCAGACCCAAAACAAACAACAUGCAGCAGCAGUAUUGCUCUCACCACCCAUUGCAUUUUGCAUUUAUUUCUUUGUCCAUUUUUUAUUUAGUUUCUUCGAGUUUAGUUUUGUGCAUAUAUAGCUUUUGUCUACAGCUUAUUCUCUUAAGGCUCAAUAAGCAGAGCCCUAGAUGGAUGUUUCUCGGCCAGCUUUCAAAUGUUUUGAUGAUGAUGGAAGGCUUAAGAGAUCAGGGACGGUUUGGACCGCAAGUGCGCAUAUUAUAACUGCUGUGAUAGGAUCUGGUGUUCUAUCUCUAGCAUGGGCCAUAGGCCAACUCGGUUGGAUCGCUGGACCUGCAGUGAUGUUCUUGUUCUCUUUCGUCACUUACUUCUCUUCCACUCUUCUCAGUGACUGCUACAGAACUGGUGAUCCUGUUUCCGGAAAGAGAAACUACACUUACAUGGAUGCUGUCCAAUCAAUCCUCGGUGGGUUUAGGUUCAAGAUUUGUGGUCUGAUUCAGUUCUUGAAUCUUUUUGGAAUCACAGUCGGUUACACAAUUGCAGCAUCUAUAAGCAUGAUGGCAAUUAAGAGAUCGAACUGCUUCCACGAGAGCGGAGGGAAGAACCCAUGUCACAUGUCAAGCAAUCCCUAUAUGAUCAUGUUUGGUGUUACAGAGAUCUUGCUCUCUCAGAUCAAAGACUUUGACCAGAUUUGGUGGCUCUCCAUAGUUGCUGCCAUCAUGUCCUUCACAUAUUCUGCAAUAGGUUUAGCUCUCGGAAUCAUUCAGGUCGCAGCUAAUGGAGUAUUAAAGGGAAGUCUCACUGGCAUAAGCAUAGGAACAGUGACUCAAACCCAAAAGAUAUGGAGAACCUUCCAAGCACUUGGAGAUAUUGCCUUUGCUUAUUCAUACUCCGUUGUCCUAAUCGAGAUUCAAGACACUGUAAGAUCUCCACCAGCAGAAUCAAAAACGAUGAAGCAAGCGACAAGAAUAAGCAUAGCCGUUACGACGACGUUUUACAUGCUAUGUGGUUGCAUGGGCUACGCUGCUUUUGGAGACGCAGCACCAGGAAACCUCUUAACCGGUUUCGGUUUCUACAACCCGUUUUGGCUCCUCGACGUGGCCAACGUCGCUAUUGUUAUCCACCUUGUAGGAGCUUACCAAGUCUUUGCUCAGCCUAUCUUCGCGUUUGUGGAUAAACAAGCCGCGGCUAGGUUUCCUGAUAGUGACUUGGUCUCCAAGGAAUUUGAAAUCAGGAUCCCUGGAGUUAGGUCACCGUAUAAAGUCAACGUUUUCAGAGCAGUGUUCAGGUCUUGUUUUGUGGUUUUGACCACUGUGAUAUCGAUGCUUAUGCCGUUCUUCAACGACGUCGUGGGGAUCUUGGGAGCGUUAGGGUUUUGGCCUUUGACUGUUUAUUUUCCGGUGGAGAUGUAUAUAAAGCAGAGGAAAGUUGAGAGAUGGAGUAUGAAGUGGGUUUGUUUGAAAAUGCUGAGCGGUGGUUGUUUAGUGAUUACGGUGGUCGCUGGAGUUGGCUCGGUGGCUGGAGUAAUGCUUGACCUUAAGGUUUACAAGCCGUUCAAGACUACUUACUAAACAAAACCAUGAUGAUGAUGAAGGAAAGAAACAAACAAUGGACAAUGGCUCAAAUUCAUAUAUUUCAUUUGGUGAAAUGUGAAUAAUGUAUAAGCUUCUUCGUUUUCGUGUACUAUCUUGCGUUAUUCACAUUUUAUCAUAUGUUGUGAAUUUAUAAUCGGUGUGUUAUUUACUAAAAGUUUGUUAGUUU